GAGAGAGACUCUGUUUCUUCACUUCCCCACAAGCCGCAACUGCUACUGUGUACCCAAUCUGAAGCCGAAGAGAUGGUGGGGCAGAAUCCUUUACCAAAGGAUAGGAAUAGAGAUUGGAUUAGAGCUCUUAUGAAUAGCAGCUUUGGUUAUUGUGAUGAUCACCAUGACCUUCGAUCUAACGAGAAAAAUGUCUUCUGCAUAGAUUGUGCUGUUAGACUGUGUAGGCACUGUAAAGAAGCUCAUUCCCUCCAUAGAAGGUUUCAGAUUUACAAAUAUUCCUAUCAGGAUGUCUUCCGCCAUUCCGAGCUGCAGAAGUAUUUUGACUGCUCAAAAAUUCAGACUUACAUAUCCAACAAUGAAAGGAUUGUGCAUCUCAAACCUAGGCCUUCAACUACUAAAUCUAAAUCUGCUGAUUUAAGUCCUGACUCAAAAUCCAAAGAAACCAGCAUAACAACAAAACCAAAGUCAGGUGGCACGUGUGAAGAAUGUGGAAAACACUUACAAGAUGAGCGUAAUCGCUUCUGCUCCAUUACAUGCAAGAUCUCAGUGCUUCCAGUGGAGCCCCAAAGCCAAAGUGGUAGAGGCGUCAUUACAACAAAACCUGAAGCUAUUGACUAUACAAUAAAUGACAACCAUAAUUCAGAACCAGAAUCAUCUAUCUCUGAAGCUGAGCCAUAUGGGUGGGUUGAAGUCGUGAAUUUCAGAAAGCGACCAAGGAAAAGCAUCCCCCAGAGGCCUGUCUUUGUUUUCUUAUCUUAAAAGUUAUCACUACUCUAAUCGUUUUCUUCAUUUCUUCUCCUAUUUUUUGUUUUUUAACUUUCCAUUUUUGAAGAAUAAGACUUCUUGAACAUUUGAG